AUGGCACCCCCGUCUCCUUUCCUCGCUCUCCCGCGAGAAAUCAGAGAUGCGAUAUACGAGCACCACGUCGCGAUCCCGGGUGGAUAUGUCUGCGACCCUGGUCGAUUCGCCGCAAAUGUGCUUGAGCGUAACGCCGCAAGUGUGCCGAAGAUCAACAUUACCGGUCUUUUGAAGGGCGCCAACGACCAGCCCAUCAACCUGAACCUCUGCUACACCUGCCGCCUCAUCGCAACCGAAAUGUAUGGAGUGGCACUGCGCAUCAAUCCCAUUACCUUCACGACCGUCUACUCUGACGACCUUCGAAUGAUCGCUUUGCGCUUUGACAAGUUAAUAGGGGAGCUGGAAUAUUAUCGACACCGUCUGUUCUAUUCCGCCUGCCACACUAUUGCGGAGAAAGAAGCACACCAUGAAUUGAAGUCAACAUAUCCGCAAUUCGCUUUCCUGCUUAAUACGAUCAGAGAGGAAGCCGAUCUAUCCGAUCCGCGUUUCAAUCGUGACGGCGAUCUAUGGGCGCUUGAUUCUUACGGCGAAGCGCCCUCAUUACUGUCCAAGUUACACAGGGAAGGACUUCGACAUGUUGCAUGCUUAGACACUGGCCGCGACGCUUUUCACCGCUGGCUUGAUCGGUAUGAACCGCACAGAGUCAAUUACGCCGAAACGCAUGAUUUUGGUGGCAUGGCCAAGGAUCCAUCAGAGUUCUGGGACAUACCGCAGUAUAGCAGACUUCAGGCUAUGGCUGCAUACUGGCCUCAUGGGGAGGACACUGAUAGCAUCGAGGACGUGAUCACAAAGAGGGACCGCGUGAAGCACCGCUUCUCAGCAGCUGCAGCUGCGGUUCUUUUCAUGAAGUUCUUGUGA